CAAAAUAUAUGUUUACAAGUACAUAAUGUACAUAUCUCAAAUAUAUUAAGUGUAUAAUCUAUGAGUAUGAUACAAACUAGUUAAAAUUUAUACACACAUUAUAAUAUGUUUAUAUUAAACUCUAUGAAUUAAAGUAAUAUUCUUCAAGUAUGGGUCAAGGAAAAAGCCAAUUUACAGAAGAAGAACUACAAGACUAUGAGGAUCUCACGUACUUUACGAAGAAAGAAGUAUUGUAUGCUCACCAAAAAUUCAAAGCUCUGGCACCUGAGAAAGUUGGGCACAAUAAAAAUGCUAAAUUACCUAUGGCCAAAGUGCUCACAUAUCCAGAACUUAAAGUGAAUCCAUUCAAAGAUAGGAUAUGUAAGGUGUUCAGUUCCAGUAAUGAUGGAGAUUGCACCUUUGAAGACUUCUUGGACAUGAUGUCAGUUUUCAGUGAGAUGGCUCCUAAAGCAGUAAAAGCUGAACAUGCAUUUAGGAUAUUUGAUUUUGAUGGUGAUGACAUGAUAGGCGUAUCAGAUUUACGUGAAGUAAUACAGCGUCUGUGCGGACCGGAGUUAAAACUAUCAGACUCAGAAAUACAACAACUGGUGCAGAAUGUUUUGGAAGAAGCAGAUCUUGAUGAUGAUGGAGCUCUCUCCUUUGCUGAGUUUGAACAUAUCAUAGAUAAGAGUUCUGAUUUCUGCCAUGCAUUCCGAAUCAGGCUUUAAGAAAUUUCUACCAACAUGCAAUAUUAUCCAUGUCACAAAAAUGCUCACAAUAUUUUAAUCUCAAAUUCUAUUUAUAUAUUAUGGCUAUUUUAUAAAUCAAUUAUUUUAUAGCUGAUUUACUUUCGUACCUUUUUGGGAGUUGUUGCAUAAUCAAUUGGUAUUUACAUUUUUUUGUUGUUUUCCAAAGUAUUUGGUUAUUUUUGAUUAUAAUUGUAGC